AUAGAAAAAAGAAUGAUUACGAAAUCAGUUUGCUGGCUGUUUUGUGUCCAUUGAAUCAUGUUUAUACGUGUUCUUAAUUGUAUAAUCUUUAGUUUGGCGUUAACGUACAUGUAUAUCCAAUGUGAUAGUACACCAUGCAGAUCUGAAAACAGACUUGGAGAAUGUUGUCUGAAUUUUCAUAAAGCAGGCGAUGGAUCAUGUCAAAAAUGCCCAAUGGGAACGCAUGGAGUGAACUGUAGUUCAGAGUGUCCCCCUGGCUACUAUGGACUGUUUUGUCUUGAGAAAUGUAACUGUUCAGAUGAUAAAUGCAACUCCGUAGAAGGCUGUAGAGAAUAUUCAGGAACAAGACACAAUGAUAAAGGAAUUACCGGAACAAGAGAAAGAUCGGUAUGGGAGAAUAUAACACAUAUCUUGAUUGGGUCCAUUUCCACGGCUGUCGUUGUGGCGGGACUGUUUUAUCUGAAAUCUAGAUUCAAAAGGGUUAGAAAGGAAAGGGAGAUGAGAAAUACUGACUUUCCAAAUCCUGGGUCGAAUAACGAAGACGAAGUUCCGGAGCAAGAUCAUUUGUCUGGGACUGCCUCAACCCACAGAACAGAAUCGAUCUAUGAAGAAAAUCAAUAUACGGAUAUGAGAUUAUCGAGAAUGAUUGAAAUUCACACUGAAGUAAAUAUUUCAGAAAAUAGUUUGCAGACCCUGGUUGAUGAACUUGAAAACGAGGCAAGAAAUAGACGAGAGAAUGAUUCAAUACAGACACUGCAAACACAAAACGAAGAAAGAUAUACAGUUAACAGAUAUAAAGAGGAAAAUGAGUAUGGACAUUUCUCAGAUAGUUGUCAGUACAGCGUUUUGUCCUUAAGAAGAAACAUUCAACCCGAUUAUCCAAUUGAGAUGAAUAACUGAUCAAAAGAAAGCAAGAACGGAAUACUGAAUCGGAGAACCAUGCUGAUCCAUACCUUGGUAGUAGCCUGAAUGUUUUGGAUAUAGAAUGAGACUCGUAACAAGUAUUGUCACCUCGUUAUUUUAGCCACAGUGACGACGAAAAUAACAAUGAUUCUGGUGGAUCGUUUAAUUUUGCGUAUGGAUGAAAUUUCACUUUUGAACCUCCAUGCUUAAGCACAAGCCCACAAACAAUACAUCCACUCUUAAUUAAGAAAAUGACGUGAUGAACAAAACAAAUAAAAGUUAUGACCAAGUACUAAACGGUUCCAUUUAUCAAGGUCAUGUUAAAAGUCAAGUUUAAACGUAUAACUCUUUGUGGAGUCGAAAUAAGUCACGUUAAAAUAUAUAAUUUAGAAUAAAUCAGGUUAAAAUAUAAAGUUGUAUAUGAAAUAUCAUGAUCAACAGUUACGGGAACCAGUAAAUGUUUCGAACGUUUUUUGUUGGUUGUAGUUUACAUGCAGAUAUUGAUAAAAUUGUUACAGUUAACUUGUAUAUGUUGAUGGUAUAAUUAUGGUUAGGCUUUAAAUGUGGGUAGUAUAGCCGUUGCUAACUUGUAAAUUUUGAUUGUGAGGGAGAGACCGAACACUACUUCUAAGUAACUAAAUUGAAUAAUAGAAUAAAAAAAGUCAAUAUCGGCAAGUAAAGAACGGCCUAAUAAGUGGUAUAAACCAUGCCAAACAGCAAUUGGUCCCAUCAUAGGUUGCAUUGGGAAAUCAGAGCGUUAAAAAGACCAUAUAAUUUGCGAAAUCUUGACUUUAAACGGAACAAUCGAAACCCCUGUAACAACGUCUUUGUCAAUAGUUUCCCUCCAUUCAAUACUCGUCAUACGCAGAGCAGGCUCUCACGUAUCGAAAGAGUUGAGAGUCAUACACACCGUAUGUAUUUGCUAAUGGAAUAUUGGUAAACAAGCAGGGGAAGUUGACGAUAUAUUACCUUAAGUCAUCUCGUUUGUCAUAUAGUUGUGUUUUCAGUUUACCGUUGACAACUACGUUGAAUAAAAUAUCAUAAAAUGC